AUGCUUGAUAUGGCUCCCGGCGAAAACCACAUCUUCCGACGAAUAGGAGAUGUGGUUUACUACGGUUAUCGCUGCUUCCAUAACAGCCCCUACUACAAACGGUUUUGCCCAGUGCUUGGCGUGGAUUUGAAUGAUACUAAGUGGGUCAAAAACGUCUAUGGUCUGCUCGUCAAGGAUAUGCUCCAUUGGAAUAAUGAACACUAUAUCUUAAUAUCGAAUUGGCCAUUGAACUACGUCGAGGUCCUGGGAAUUGUCGUUGGCAUUACGGAACUAAAAUCGGGGAAAGAGUUCAAAUUGUGGCUCGAUGAUAGUAGUGGGUCAUACAUCGAAUGCCGGGUGCCAAAGAGUGUAUACGAAAAGCUGGAUUUAGAUGCUGAUUGCGAUCUAAACUACGGCCGAUUUUUGCAGCUUAAGGGCCGGGUGGUCAGCUGGAUUAUUGAUAUUGACCGCAGGUGGCGGGUGGAUGUCUUCAUAAUAUCUCCACUGGUGGUCGGGAGUGAAGCGUUUCCUCAACUAUAUCAAUGGUGGCAGCGUGCUUUGAAGUUCAGGCAACGGAAAUUGGCGUCACCCUGGGAUUUCUCGCCACCGGGCCGAUCUCCUGGUUGUGCUUUCGAUGGCGGACAUGACUACGACGAGAUUACCAACCAGCUACCACGCAGUGAUGACAGUGUGAUCCUCACAAGAGUCAAACAACAAAGACACAGCCAAGAUGAUCGUUUAAGCGCAAGUCAGCCGUCGCUCUCCAAGGGAAGCCUGCAGAUAUCCUCACAAACUGCUGACAAAAAUGGUGAUGUGGUAGCGACAUCAAUAACGACGUUACCCAAGGCUUUAACAGCGAUUUGCGAGGUUAUAGCGUCUAACAAAUUUGAACGUAUGACUUUGGGAACGUUGUUUAGCCACCCCUCGGUCGUAUCGGUGGUUAAGCAGUACACUAAUCAUCUUCGUCGUGACCAACACUUGAAUCAGCUUCGAGAAUUGACAUACAAGUCGAUGUUCAGGCAAUUGUGUCGGAAUCUAAUCGACAGUGGGGUUUUGAUCCGUGAGGAAGAAGCCUCCAGAAAUCGCACUUGGGUUAACCCUGACCGGCUUCGACUAAUAUAUACAGUCAUGUUGAGCCAGCUUCGAAAGGGGUCAUUACUGGUGACAGAUACUAUGAAGUUAUUCCAUGAUUCAGAUGUUACAAUCAGCGGUCCCCUUUUCAAUGGCCUUGUUAAGGCUGUGAUUCAUCGAUACAAUCUAGGACAUUUUCGACUCCGCGAGGACAAGUGGCAACGAAAGAUACUGAAUUAA